AUGAAUCAAAAUACAUUUGCAUGUCAAAUGGUUAAAUAUCAACAAAUCGAAGAAGACCUGGUAACUGAAGUUUAUAUAAAUUGUUUUGGUUCUGAAGAUGCAUUUUUUGCGAAUCAUCUGAGUAAUUUAUUUCAAAUUGUGAUCGAUGGUAAAAUUCAACAUCCGAUCAUUGCUCAAUAUAAGACACAAUUAACAGAAAAAUGUGGUAAUGAAAUUACCAAAUGGUCACCAAGUACUGUUGUACCACCAAAUGCUGAAUUGAAACAUUUGAAGAAGAUAAAAAUACUCGACACACCUGAAGGGAAUGAAGAAGAAUCAAGUAUUUAUGUUGUCUGUGCUGCUCAACGCGCAUCUUCAGAGCCAAAAUUUACGAAUUUUAGUGAUCCAAUAAUGCUAUUGAUUGCAAAUGUUGAAGCAACCAUAACAACGGCUAAUGUUCCAUCUGACAUUUACUUGAAAGAUAAAAAAUACACAUUAAUAGGUGCAACAAGUCACAAACCUGAUCAUUUCAUUGGUAUGACUGCAUGUAGCAAACACAAGCAACAUGCUAUUAUUGAUGACUUAUUCAAGACAACAAAAGGUUGUCACACUAUUUCACGAGCAUUUUAUCUUCUCUCAAAAUGA